CUAGUUAUUCACCAAUUGCCUUUCUAAACAGCAAUAUAAGAUGAAUAAGUUAUUUAUAGUAGUGGUCCUGGUGGUCGUAAUUGCUGGGCUUUCAGUUGGAGUCCUGGCUCGAUCCCUAGGGGGGGUAUAAACGAUUACAUUGACAAAUGUCAU